UGAAGUUGGGUCUCUUUUCAAUUGGUGCGUCUUCAAAAUCGAGCCUCGCACAACGCUGCUACGUUACUGACCAUCAACGUCGCGAUCACCAACAACGCGUAUACUCGAACGGUCGAUAGAUAUGGUAUCAGAACGACGAUCCUAUCGAAGGAAACUCCCAUGCAACCUGGAACAUACUCUGCUCACUAGUUGCAAGUUGUUCGCGUUUCUACAAGAAAAGAUCCCCGAAUAGCACACUCUAUUGACAUCUGCUCCUUUCAAUCUUACCAACGUUGAUCCAAAGAGCGCGCCGACCCCGGUUACGAAACUUUGUUCCUACGCAAAACUCAUUUGCCGCUGUACUGGGGCAUGCGAUGCGCAGAAUUGUCUGGGUUAGAUGUUAGCACAAAUGCGAACUGCCCAUACGAGCAUUCAGCCUCGACAACACCUCAACUAUCAGCGGAGAACCGCUUGUAUCGCCGCCUUUGCAAUGUUAUCGCUGUAUGCUCAACUCAUAUUUGCAUUAGUUGCAAAAACGCACCGGAUCCACCUUACAUGUGUCAAGAUCUGAAGCUAAGCAAACCUUUCCUGUUGAAUUCAAGAACGACUAUUGAGUGGCUUGACCCUACGAAUCGGCGCUUUCUCCUGGUGUCCAUACCGUCUAGCGACCCAAAGUGUCACUUGCUUCAUCCGGGUACACCCUUCCGGCUUUUCCAGAGAUGGUUUAACCAGCUCGCGCGGGUGAUUAGCGGGAGCCGCUAUGGACCCAUUGCGCCAGCGAGCCUUAUCCGUCCGAGGUCGGUUCUUGCCUCUUGGCUACGAUUUGUGCAGAUCGGUUUGACGAUCUUAUGGUCCCAUGAAUCGUAACAAUUUCAUCUCUCGACCUCAGUAUUUGUCAAUCACAGUGUCGAAGUUGCGGAUGCUACACCUUCUAGUCGGCGCUCAGCGGUGGGUCAGACGCGGACAAACUCAUCCUUUUUUACAAAGUCUUUCGGAUAGGAACCACCCGAGUCGAGCCCAGCCCCCGCGGAGCCUUUCAGUCACUUUUGCUCGAGGAGAGCGGAGUAACGAUCAAUGCAACUUGGACUGUUGUUCGUGUUUGAUAGUGAUGGUCACGAGCGCGUCUCCGAACGCUCAUCUCCAGAUCAUCGUUAUGGCGCCACUUUGCGGCCGGAGAUAAAAAUCAUUUCUGUUGGUACCG